GCCAAAAAGUGACCCGAAAUGUACAGAAAGUGCCCUAGUAAUGCCCCAAAAUCAACAGGAAGUGAUCCAAAUAAACAGGAUGUGACCUAAAAAUGCCCCAAAAUCAACAGGAAGUGAUCCAAAUGAACAGAAAGUGACCCAAAAUGUACAGGAAGUGACCUCAAAAUGCCCCAAAAUCAACAGGAAGUGACCCAAACGAACGGAAAAUGACCCAAAAUGGACAGGAAUUGCCCUACAAAUGCCCCAAAAUCAACAGGAAGUGACCUGAACGAACAGAAAGUGACCCAAAUGUAUAAGAAGUGACCCAGAAAUGGCCAAAUAUCAACAGGAAGUGAAUCACAUGAACACAGUGACUCAAAAUGUACAGGAAGUGCCCUAGUAAUGCCCCAAGAUCAACAGGAAGUGAUCCAAAUGAACAGGAAGUGACCCAGAAAUGCCCCAAAAUCAACAGGAAGUCACCCAAAUGAACAGAAAGUGACCCAAAAUGUGCAGGAAGUGACUUUGAAAUGCCCCAAAAUCAACAGGAAGUGACCUGAACGACCAAAAAGUGACCCGAAAUGUGCAGGAAGUGACUCAGAAAUGGCCAAAAAUCAACAGGAAGUGAAUCAAAUGAACACAGUGACCCAAAAUGUACAGGAAGUGCCCUAGUAAUGCCCCAAAAUCAACAGGAAGGGAUCCAAAUGAACAGAAAGUGACCCAAAAUGUACAGGAAGUGACCUCAAAAUGCCCCAAAAUCAACAGGAAGUGACCCAAACGAAUGGAAAAGGACCCAAAAUGGACAGGAAUUGCCCUACAAUUGCCCCAAAAUCAACAGGAAGUGACCUGAACGAACAGAAAGUGACCCAAAUGUAUAAGAAGUGACCCAGAAAUGGCCAAAUAUCAACAGGAAGUGAAUCACAUGAACACAGUGACUCAAAAUGUACAGGAAGUGCCCUAGUAAUGCCCCAAGAUCAACAGGAAGUGAUCCAAAUGAACAGGAAGUGACCCAGAAAUGCCCCAAAAUCAACAGGAAGUCACCCAAAUGAACAGAAAGUGACCCAAAAUGUGCAGGAAGUGACUUUGAAAUGCCCCAAAAUCAACAGAAAGUGACCUGAAUGACCAAAAAGUGACCCGAAAUGUACAGGAAGUGAGCUAGGAAUGCCCCAAAAUCAACAGGAAGUGACCCAAACAAACAGAAAAUGACCUAAGAUGGACAGGAAGUGACCUUGAAAUGCCCCAAAAUCAACAGGAAGUGACCCAAAAUGUACAGGAAGUGACCUAGAAAGUCCCCCAAAUCAACAGGAAGUGAUCCAAAUGAACAGGAAGUGACCUAAAAUGCUCCAAAAUGAUUAUGAAUUGACCAAAAAUUUACAGGAAGUGACCCAGAAAUGCCCUUAAUGCGGUCUGCUCUUUGAGUAUUGUUAAUAAAUGCCUUUAUAGUGAUGAUAAUGAUUGAAAUACAUCUAAGUUUUAGCGCUUAUGCUAAGUCAUUGAGGAAUUUGGGCUCUCCAGCAACAUGUAACAGCUGCAGCUUUAAUACAUGCCUUUGAGCUGUUUUACGAGUCUGCCGUGGGCUUGAAAGUGAAGGUUUCGCUCACUUGAUUUUCACCUCUUUUGUUGUACGUGCUCGGUGCCUGGCGCGCAAAUGCGUGCGCUGGCCAGACCAGACAGACAGGAAUGAACGGGACAUGUAAUACUCGUACCACUCUGUACCAGGGGGAGACCAGUACUGGCCGAGGGACGGACAUUCAUGCACGAGGAUAAUAAUAUCAUUGAUGUUAGCAGUGUCACUGUAUUUUAGCCUUGAAUUCAUUGGCUGCUAUUUAGCUGCUAGACGUCCAAAGUGCAUGAAAUUUAUAAGCAAAAACGUACAGUUUAGCCAAAAUUCAAUAAGCCCAUUGAUUACCAGUGCCACAUACAACACCAACAAAAACAGUACGUACUAAGUGAAUCAAAAUCAAUAAGAAGUGACGAAGAAAUGCCCAAAAUCAAUAGAAAGUGACUCAAAAAUGCCCCAAAAUACCAAUUCCCUGUUGCUUGCUAGCCGUGCUAUUCUCUUUUUGCUGUGUGACUGUUCUGUCAACGUGCUAGCUAGCUAGGGGAGUGCUACAAUCUAAACAUGAUCAUCAUUUUGGGUUUUCUGGAAAAAAAAAGUGGGCGUUCCCUAAUGCUAGCUAGGCAUGCUAUUCUCUUGUUGCUGUUGACUGUUCGGUCAACAUGCUAGCUAGCUAUCUAGUGGAGUGCUAGAAGCUAAACAUGAUAAUAAUUUCUGGAUUUCUGAAAAAAAGUAGGCGUUCCCUGAUGCUAGCUAGGCGUGCUAUUCUCUUGUUGCUGUGUGACUGUUCAGUCAAUAUGCUAGCUAGCUAGCGAAGCGCUAGAAAGCUAGACAUGGACAUGAUCAUCAACGCUGGAUUGCUGAAAAAAGUGUGCUGAGCCUUCCCGAGGGUCUGACGGUUCACCAGCGAGCGGGAAAGAACGGCGAGGGCAACGCCUACAGCCAGUCGGAAGUGCGCUCCGUCGAGCAGUGCUUACUGGCCACCCGAGUGGGCAGCAUAUCCGAACUCAGUGAUAUGGUAUCCCGGGCGAUGCAUUACCUUCAACCGCUGUACACCAAGAAUCACAAUAACGGAACCCCUAUCCACCAGAAGAGCACGGUUAUCCACUGGGCCCCCGAGGCCAUUUACACACUGUGUUACUUCAUGCACUGCCCCCAAAUGGAGUGGGAGAACCCCAACAUCGAGCCAUCCAAAGUGACGUUACAGACUGAGAGGCCGUUCAUGGUACUGCCGCCUCUGAUGGAGUGGUUGCGCGUGUCCGUCGUCCACACGGAGCACAGACGAAGCUUCUCGGUGGACAGCGACGAUGUUCGCCAGGCCGCCAGACUGCUGCUACCCGGAGUGGACUGCGAGCCCCGCCAGAUCCGGGCGGACGAUUGCUUUAGCGCAUCGAGGAAGCUUGACGCCGCCUCCACCGAAGCCAAGUUCCUGCAGAAUUUGGGCUUCCAUAUGCUCAGCUGCGGGCGCACCGACCUGGUCAAGCAGGCGGUCAACCUGCUGGGUCCGGAUGGGAUCAACAGCAUGAGCGAGCAGGGAAUGACCCCGCUCAUGUACGCUUGUAUCCGUGGAGACGAAGCCAUGGUGCAGAUGCUGCUGGAUGCCGGCGCUAAUAUUAACAGUGAGGUGCCAAACUCGGUGCACAAGCACCACUCGGUCUUUCCCGAAACGCGGCAGGCCACGCCCCUGACUUUCGCCGUGUCGCACGGACACGUACCUGUGGUGCAGUUGCUUCUGGACGCCAAAGCCAACGUGGAGGGCUCCCUGCAGGACGGCAUGGAGAACUACAUCGAGACGCCGCUGCAGCUGGCGGCGGCCGCGGGUAACUUUGAGCUGGUGAGCCUGCUGCUCGAGCGGGGGGCCGACCCCAUGUUGGGAACCGUCUCACGCAACGGCAUCUCGGUGGCGCCGCAGGGAGACAUGAACUCGUACAGCCUGGCAGCUGCGCACGGGCACAGAAAUGUCUUCCGGAAGCUGUUGUCUCACACGGAGAAAGGGAAAGGAGACGUCUUAUCCCUGGAAGAGAUUCUAGCAGAAGGAUCGGAGCUAGCAGGACAAAGUUCAUCUGAGGCUGAACUGAUACGGACCGGGAAGGCCAAACUCAAAGCCCUGAAAGAAGCCAUGUACCACAGUUCAGAACACGGACACGUAGACAUCACCAUAGAUAUACGUAGCCUCGGAGUGCCGUGGACUUUACACGCUUGGCUGGAAUCUCUGCGUACUUGCUUCUCCCAGCACCGGCGACCGCUGAUCCAGGGUCUCCUCAAAGAAUUUGUCUGCAUCGAGGAAGAGGAGUACACCGAAGAACUCAUCACGCACGGCCUGCCUCUCAUGUUUCAGAUCCUCCGAGCUAGCAAGAAUGAAGUGAUCAGCCAACAGCUGUCGGCCAUUUUCACGCAGUGUUACGGACCUUACCCCAUCCCCAAACUGGCGGAGAUAAAACGCAAGCAGACGUCGCGCCUCGAUCCUCACUUCCUGAACAAUAAAGAGAUGUCGGAUGUGACCUUUUUGGUGGAAGGGAAGCCAUUUUACGCCCACAAGGUCUUGCUCUUCACAGCCUCAAAUAGGUUCAAAACUCUCCUGGCAAAUCGACCUUGUGGCGAAAACACCUGCAUUGAAAUAAGCCAUGUGAAAUACCACAUUUUCCAGCUUGUAAUGCAGUACCUUUACUGCGGAGGAGCCGAUGCGCUACACAUUCGGAACCCUGAUGUGAUGGAGCUUUUGUCGGCGUCCAAGUUCUUCCAGUUGGAGGCGCUGCAAAGGCAUUGCGAGAUCAUCUGCACCAAGAACAUCAACACGGAUACUUGCGUGGAGAUCUACAACCACACUAAGUUUUUGGACGCUCCCGACUUGGCCUCCUACAUCGAAGGCUACUUCCUGAAGAACAUGCUAAUGCUGAUCGAGCUGGAGCCGUUCAAGCAGCUGCUGUACGACGUCCCUCCGGACAGCCCCAGCUAUGACGUCCUCCAAAAUUUGGAAAGAACUCUGUCCGUCCGCAUCCAGUCCAUCCACUUGUCGUCGUCCAAGGGAUCGGUGGUUUGAACUCUCAAAAUAAUCUUGGCUAUAAAAAUCAAUAAAUAUAUAGAACCUUUAGUACAUUCGCGAGUUGCGAUUUGUGUGAGCCUCCAGAUCAGGGGUGUCAAACUGGCGGCCCGCAACAUUUUGCGUAGCACGUGAAGGUAAAUCUCGUGGAUCGACUACGAUUACCGCGAAAAUCAAAUUUAUGUAAAAUUUCCGUCUUCCAUAAAUUGGAAAAUAUCGUAUUUUUGCAAACAUGUUGUUCUAGUUUUUCGUGUUUUUUGCAGUUUUUCAAGUUUUUUUUUUCUUUUUCAGGGUUUCAUUUUUUUGCAUUUUUUACAAUGUUUUGAAUGGGGUUUUUUUUCAUGAUUUUUGCUUUUUUUGUGAAAAUUAUUAUUUAAAACAAAGAUAUAUUGCACGCUCCGAGUCAAAACUGAUGGACGUCUAUCGCCGUCAAUGGCAGUCAGUGAGUUAAAUGAGGAAUGAGUGUUUUUGUUGUUGUUGUGUUUUUGUUUUUUUUCGCCACAAUUUUUGUUGUCGUUGUUUUUUUCAGUUUUCUGUUUUUUUUAGGAGUCAGGGGGUUUCAAUUUUGUUCGGUUUUUUUUUUUUCAGGUUUUCUAUUUUUGCGUUUGUUUAUUUUCUGUUUCUUUUUAACUUUUUUUUGUGUUUCGUUUUUUGUAUUUUGCAGUUUUUAGAUUCCCUCCUUUUUUAAGAUUUUUUUUUUCCAUUUUAUUGUUGUUUUGUGGGGGGUGCUACAGUUUUCUUUAAAACUGUUUGUCACAUUUUUUUUUUUUGCUUUUUACAAAUAAUUCAGUGAUGAUUCAGCAAUUCAAUUAGUUAAAUGAGGAAUGACUGUCGCGUUUUUUUUUUUUUUUUUUUCUUCACAAUUUUGUUUGCAGUUUUUGGUUUAUUUAUAUUUUUUUUUCAGUUUUUCAAAUUUUUUUUAGGUUUUCAUUUUUUUGUGUUUUGUUUUUUCUUUUUUUUUAUGUUUUUUUUCCCAAAAAUUUUUGUGAUUUUUUUUUUUUUUUGUUUUUUUUUUUGCGAGGGUUAUUUCAGUUUAGUUUUGUUGUUUUUUAGUUUUUCAUUUUUUGCUUUUUUUCAAGUUUUUUAAACGUUUUUUUUUUCUUUUUUGUUUGUGUUUAGUUAUUUUUUUUUUUUUUUGUUGCUUUUUCUUUUACGAUUUUUUUUCUUCAAUUUUUCUCACUUAGUUUUUGGAGGGAUGGUUACAAAAAAAAAAAAAAAAAACUUUUUCACAAGAUUAUUUAAAACAAAGUGUGAAUGAGUGUCGCUUUUUGUUUUUUCACAAUUUUAUUGUUGUUUGCAGUUUUUUUUUUUUUUUUUUACGAUUUUUCAAAUUUUUUUAGGUCUUCAUUUUUUUGUUACUUUUUUUUUUGUUUGUUUGUUUUGUUUUUUUCCAGAUUUUCAUUUUCUUCAUGUUUAUUUUUAUUUAUUCAUUUAUUUUUUUUUACAGUUUUUUGUGUUUUUUGUUAUUGUUGUUUGUAAUUAUUAUUUAAGAGGAAGAUUUAUUGGCCUCUCCCAGUCACAAUGAAUCGGACAUUCAGCACCGUCAAUGGCAGUCUAAAUGAGUUGGACAACAUAAUAAUACUAAGUUUGACACCCCUGCUGUAGACGCUUUUUUAGCAGAUAGCUAACUCAACGCUAAAAUUUCUCAACAUCUGUGGUAAGUCAUUUGUUUCACGACGCCCGUAACGCCACUUAAGCGGCAUCCGUCUCAUUUUACGUGGAAAUCAAAGCUUCGUUUUUCUCACGACGGUGUAAAUAUUGUUGAUAGAAUCAGAUUUAUCGAUUAUGUAAGUCAGUGUAUAUAUCACAGAUGUUUUCUUAUGUGUCUUAUUGUUGAAUAUUGCUGUGGAAACGCGUGUAACCGUUGCAUGUCGAGGGGAGCAAAAAGUUGAGGCUCAAUUUGUCAUCGAUCGGCAUGUGUCUCUACAAUCUCAAAGUGUGUUGUCAUUCAAUUGUCCGCCGCCAUCGACGACGAUGGACGGCGAUGGCGCUGUAAGGGUUAAACAUUAAAUUCAGAUGCGAUCGGAUGUGAAUUGUGACAUUUUUGUGUGAUUCUUCCUUCGGUCUCUACUUCUUGCUGGGGAAAAAAAAGUGAAGAUAACGUCCAAAAGGGGGCGCUGUUUAUUCUGUUUUAUAUUUGAAAAACAAAGAAUUUGCCUGUUAACACAUCAUAAAUGAAAAUAAAAUAAAAAUAAAAUAAACAAUUUAUUUACACAUAACUAACUGAGAGAUGACGCUAUUGUGGUCGCGACAACCGAGGUAAACUUUUGCCUCAUUGCCGCCUGUCUCAUCAAAAUGGAUUUUUUUUAGUCUUUCUUUUGU